AUGAGUUGGCAGCAGUACGACAAAUCAAAUCCAGACAGCCCAAAGUCAAAAAAGGAAGCUCCAAGAAGGACUUCCGUAGUAAUAAAGUCCCUCGAUGUCACUGAUGACGAUUUCUCGAAUGCCUCGCAAACCACAACUGCCUUCAACGAACUGGAGUACUUGAACUUGAAUUCCCUGUCUUUUUCUCGAUCUUCAGACUAUAUACGACGAGAGCCUGCUUCUGUCAGAAUACGGAAUAAAUACCUCCUGAAUACGGGUUUAAAUCAUCAAAGGACUCCUUCGGGUGAUAUUGCUGCUACUGCUGAACCAUUCGAGAAACCUGUCUUGCAGGGCGACUCGGUGCCUGGAUCACCAUCAGCUCCUCCAGCGACUGUCCCUUAUCAUUCAACUGCACCAGCCUCCCCAUCAUGCAUUCCACUGUCGACGAGUCCAUACACGCCGCCUCCCAAAAGAGUGAAUAGCAUGCUAAAUCGUGGUAGCCAGCAACAGGUGUCAUCGCUACUAUCUGUUGGGCUAUCACAGAAAGCAAGUGGACCACCUGCACGCGGAAUACCGAUUCCACCGACAGCUGCUUCACCAUCACAACCGCCAGCUAUAGGCCCACCUGUACCGUCACUCUUGGAUGAUCAGAAAACAUCAUCCGACGUAUGGCAGUCCGCCCAAUUAUAUAAUGUAGACAGACUGGGAUUAGGCUUACUGGCUCCAUCAGCGUUCGAACAUACAGAAUCAGAGUCUGAUGAAAUGACUAGAAAGUCGACAAGAAAACCCUCAUUUUCUACAAACGGAGCUGGUAUACCUAUAGCAUCAUCUUUCGCAACUACUCCUAGACCGCCACGAGAUAGAUCAGAUUCGUCAAACUCGGAUGAAUCAAACUCUAUUGGCAGACGGCGAACAUCACUCACAGAGCCUCAAUCACCACUUGCAUCUGAAGGAUCGACGUCAUCACCGCCAUCUACUGCACUGUCACAACAGGACCUCAGGAGAGGUACUAGUCUGAAAAUCAAAGUAAAGAAACGAGAUUCAGUCCAGUAUGGAGGAUCCACGCCACUUGUUGGAACGUCGUCUGUCGGUGCUCUGGCAUAUUCUAGUAUAACACCAAGUCCAGCUGUUAGUUUCUUGAGUGGUCUUGCAGAAAGGAUGAAUUCAGUUGCCCCGGUCGCUGGAGUAUAUGAAGAUGGUGACGAAGUCGGCGAAUAUCGACUAGUCAAAGUGAUUGGCGCAGGAGCCUUCUCGAAAGUAUUCGAAGCAGUCGCCAUUGCCGAUCCAUCGAAAUCGGUUGCUAUAAAAAUAGUGUGUAAAGAGCAACACGAUAUACCAGCUCGAGACUUAUUUCGGCUCAUUGAGCACGAAGUAUGGAUUUGGAGACCACUACGUCAUCGUCAUAUAGUAGCCAUGCUGGACAUUCUAGAGGCGGACGAUGCCCUCUUUAUAGUAUCCGAACUAGCACAGGGCGGCUCAUUACUAGACUUGAUACGGAAACAAGGACGACUACCUGAACCAUUAGCCCAAACCUUGUUUGCCCAAAUCUUGUCUGCCGUGAAAUACCUGCAUGAGGUAGCAAAUAUAGUACAUCGGGACAUCAAGUGUGAGAAUAUCUUGCUGGCCACACUCGAUCCACCGAAUGCUCUCCUGACGGAUUUCGGCUUGUCGGAAUAUAUACCGCCGACUGCAUCCACUUCACCAACAAGCGAUGUCUACAAUAGUAAUACCAAUAGUAUAGUGACGUCGCCCACCAUGAGUACUAACGCACCCAGUGCUACCGGUAACGGACCGCCAGAUACGAUAUUCUGUGCUGGCUCCCUCCAUUACUGUGCACCAGAAGAAUUACGAGCAACACCAGGCUCCAAUCCCCGAUCCCCAUCGGCAGAUAUCUGGUCGCUAGGAUGUGUGCUGUAUGCCAUGCUCAUAGGACAGUUGCCGUUUGGAGAUACGUUCCUGCCUAGAUUACAAAUGAGUAUUAUAAAUGGUAGAUACGAUGAAAAGAAAUUGGAGGAAUUCAAUGUCAGUCCUGAAGCUCAGAGUUUGAUUCGUGGGAUGCUGACGAUAUCAACUGAAAAGAGAUGGAGUAUUAGUGAUAUAUGUCAGUGUGAGUGGGUCAAAGCUGCUGCUGAUGUUGAUUUGGGAUUCAUGGAUGGCGACUUUGGUCGGCGCAGGAUCUCUUCAGUCAGUAUAGAACUCAGAGCCGAGUAA